UGGCGCCUAGCUAGCGCUACUCUGGCCACCCUGUUGUUGUAGACUUGGCCAAAUUGUGUGUUUUGCUGGUGAAAGUUAGAAUUUUAACGAGAUUUUCUAGAAGUGCCGGUGUUUGGUGCCCUUCUGUGAUGUCGGUCAGUUAGAUUAGAGUGUAGCUCAUCGGUGUGCACAGAGCUUCGGGUCGGAAGAAACCCUCAGAAAGCAGCACACGACUGAACAAGGAUUCACUCAGGAUGCCAAUACUGAACAAAGAGGAGUUUGAAAGGAGUCCCCCUCCGGACGACCUUAAGCCAGACGACCCAGUGUUCUACAAUAAGCUUACUAACGAAGUGUUCACGGACUACGACGACUACUUUGCGCGGGUCAUCUUGUGCAAUUCGCUGGUAUGGACGUGUUCACUGACCGGCAAGUCAGGUUUGACGUUUCAGGAUGCGCAGGAAAGCGAGGAGGCUGCUCGUCAGUGGGUGCGAGUUUUUCCUCGCGUCCUGCGCAGGCCCGCGUUAUUCGUCACAGACCUCACAAGCCGUGGCAGGUUAGCGGACCUCGUUGAUGACGUCUUCAACUUUGUAAAAGAUCGUUUCUUUGUCGGUGAAGAGUUGGACUAUGUUUAUAAUAAUAAAAGGAAGGGGGGCAAGAUACUGCGCAUUCACCCAUUCACGGCAGUCCCAAAAGAACAGAAAACGGAUUCUUCUAACAAAGAAAAAAACAAGAAAAAGGAUUCGUCAGAUUUAUUAAAAGUUGUAUACGAUAUUGAAGAUGAGGACAGCGGCCAAAAAUUUGAAGUUCUCGGAAAAGACCUUUAUAGGCAUAAGAAAACUUUCACCAGAGAUCGUCUUAAGGUGUUUCUCAAACUGGCAACUGAAAUGCGUAAUAAUGUGCUUAGAGUUAAAGCUCCCAUAGCAGAAAAAUAUAAGAUUAGCGAGGUUAAAUUUCACGAUAUAACUGUUGGCCAGUUGCCUGAAUUCGUGGUGAGUCCGCUGAAGAGAGUCAGUAAACCGGUUCCUCCCAAAAAGCUGCAGAAAGUGAAAGAAGGAAAGGUCAAGGAGAAAACGAACAAGGAAAGCAAUAAGGAGAAUAAGGUCGAUAGCACUAAAGUUCCAAAAAAGUCGAAAAAGAAGCCAGACGAUACUCCUAAAUCUGAUGCGACUAAAAAAGAGAAAAUAUCUCAGAAAAAAGACGCCGAGGACAAGUUGCUGCGCACAAUGUUCAUGGUCGAGUGGUCAAAGCCUCGGGACGAUCUUUCGGUUGACGGUCUUCGUGAUCUCCCAGUUGCCACUUCCUUUGACUGCCGCAUUCCCCAAGAAGCACUUUCAGAUGCUUUCCUUGUCUUGGAAUUCUUCUCUGCGUUCACACAAGAAUUGGGUGUCAAGGACUAUUUCUUGUCCGGCCUCACGUUUGACAUUUUGGAAAGAGCCGUGACCGAAACCGACAUUAUAGGUCCAUUGGGUGAUAUAUUCCAGAUCUUGCUCACCAAUCUCUUUAAGCUGAAAGAAGCAGAAAGCCAAUUCAAUUACAGCUAUACAACCCCUUCAGAUGAUCAGCCAGAGGCAAUUUAUCAAGCGCAAAAGGCGGCGGGCCGAACAAUGCGUCAGAUUCGAAAAGUGCUGGGUUUCUCGUUACCGCAAUUAACCCUAGACAAGUUCACCUUAUCGGAAGUGUUACGAUUGCAUAUUGAGUCAAGCGGAGCACCAGGUGUCACGAAGAAGGCAGGUAGCAUGGAUGCCGCUGAAGAUCCAGGUCUAGCUUUUUCUAUAAAUAACCCCCAUAUCGUAGAUGUGCUAAGGAGAUGCAGUAUAUUUGAGCUGGAAAUUGCUGACAAGCUUAAACUGCUUAGAGUUAUCGUGGAACAACUACUCUGCACGGAUGGGGUGAGGGAUAUGAUUGAGGAAGCCGUCGAUGCCCACAAGGCUGCCCGUAUUGAGUUGAGGAAGCUACGUAUACUUGCCAGGCCAGGUUCGGGGCCAGACGACAGACCGCAGGUUUCCCCACGCGAAUUUGAUAGAAGAGAACAAGAACUAAAACAGAAGCUCAGAAGUGCUCAAGAAAAAAUCAUGAUGGCACCUUUAGGUGAAGAUCGUGCGUUCCGUAGGUAUUAUCUCGCAUAUUCUAUUCCGGCCGUAAUUAUAGAAGACGACGUAGUUAAUAUUGGCGAGGAAUGCAUUGCCGGUGGAACGCCAAAGCAGAAGAUGACGAAUCAUUCGCCAGCUUUCAUGAAGCAAUUUCUCCAAAAUUAUGGGAAAGAUAACGUGUCACUCUCCAUGCUAACUGCCCUCAAGGAGGUUACCAAUAGCAGUCCUGAGAAAUUAUCUAGAGAGGAACAUUCUCGUUUGACAUGCACAGGAGAUCAACAAACUUGCUUGGUCCAUAAUAGAAAUCUGUCAAGGGAUACGUGGCGAUUUGUCUCAACUAGGGAACAGUUGGACGAAAUUAUCGCUUCUCUUGACGUGCGCGGUGUUCGGGAGAAGGCACUCAAGAUAGCGCUAAACGCCGACAUAGAAAAUCUGCGAUCGGCCAUUGAUAGAACACCGUUGUUUGUGCUCAACAGAAACUUUGAGAACUCUCGUAAGACAAAGCUGCCUUCACAGUUUAUAAGGGACAGUGGCCUGCAUGAUGUGAAACCAAGCUUUGCCUUGGAACUAAGUUUCCGCGAAAUUCUCCUAGGUCUUGAGGAGCGAAUCACAGCGGGAAAUUUAGGCUACCUUAAAAAAGACAGAAAUUUAUGGCGAAACAGAAUGAUUGAAAUUCUUGAUGCUGUCGGAGAGAAAAAGACUGCUGCAGAGAUCAACGCGCUCCAAUCAAAGGCUCCAAUGUCCGAAGUUAUCGAUGAACUAUGUGAUGCUUUGAUUGCUCUUGGACAUUCGGUUGAAAAGAAGGUUCUAAUGGCGCCCUUAGGGGAAGCGGAGCCGCCAAGUAAAGUAAAGAAAAAGAAAGAGGGACCAGAUGGGCUCCCUUCUAUCAAAGGAAACAUUGCAACCUGGAUUCGCGAAAUGAAACCAAAUGCGGUGCCAGAAGUCAACGGUGUCCAUAAAAAGAAGGACAACAUCACUGGCUUAGCGGAUUUUGCUGAUUCCGACUCGAAAGAUGAGGAAUCGUCGUCUGAGGAGGAAGAUGAAACACCAAAAGGCGAAGGUCACAUGCUCAACCUACCGCGGCUAUUUCUGCUCAUGUACAGCCUUGAACGGUCAGUGAUGUGGACUCGCUCGAUAGCAAAUGCUGCAUGCCUUGUGUGUCGCAAAAAGAGUAACCCAGACCAGAUGUUACUGUGUGAUGGCUGCGACAGAGGCUAUCACCUUUAUUGUCUUAAACCACCACUAGAUGCGGUUCCGCAGGGUGAUUGGUUUUGCUCGCAGUGUGCUCCGAUACCACUUAGUCCCCGAAAAAGGAAACAAGCCCCAGUUGAUUUGUCGAGCGAGGAAGAAGAAGAAGAGGAAAAGGAGAAUGACUCCGAAAUUGAUGAAAAUCAGGACGUUUGUCAUGCGUGUGAAACGGGCGGUGAGCUGGUCUUAUGUGAUUCAUGUCCCCGUGCCUACCACCUCGAGUGUUGCCAACUUAAGAGAGUGCCUCGAGGACCGUUUAAAUGUCCAACCUGUGUUAAAGGUCCUACAAGAAAGAAGACCCGCGGUAGUCCACCGGCUACCAAGGUCAAAUUUAAGAGCGGUAAAAACGUUCGACGUAUGCUUGACAUGGGCGUCGUUGAGGAUGUCGAAUCAUUUGACUACAAUGUGUGCUCUAAUUUAUUAAAACAAUUGGUCAAGUUGGACGAUGCGUGGCCCUUCCUGGCCAGUGUGACCCGGAAGGACGCGCCCGACUACCACAAAGUCAUCAAACGCCCCAUGGAUUUCGGCACACUUCAGGGUAAAUUGAAUGAUAUGAAGUAUAGGAAUAAUGCUUCAUUUAUCAGCGAUGUUCUUCAGAUAUUUGCAAACUGCUGUGUAUAUAACAAACCACGCAGCGAUGUUGUGAAGGCUGCUACAUCGUUGUCUGCUACAUUUUGCGAAAUGCUUGUUCAAGUGGGGCUCGAAUGUUACAUCGAAUUGAAGGAUUCGAUCCUAGAGGAGACGGAGGAAUCGUCUGGCUGGUCGCAAGGAAAACCCCGCUCCGCGCAGUCAAAGACUAAUGGAAAUGCCGACACCGACAAUAACGACGAGGAUGAUUAUGAAAGCGAGGAGGGAUCUGACAAUGAAAAUGACGAUGAAGAUGAGGAACAGGACAACGGUGGUGAAGAUGAGGACGAUUGCGAUGAUGAUGAUGAGACGGAAGAUGGCAGUAAACACAAUAAUAACAAAAUAGGGGCCAGUAAUGAAGAAAACGAUGACGAUAAUGAGGACGAUGAUGAUGAGGACGGCGAAGGGCACGAAAAAUCUGCUGACAAUUCGGAAGACGACGUUGAAGCAGAGGAGACUAGAGAUGAAAGUCAUGAUAAUGGCGGUGAAGACGAAGAUGACGAAGAAGAAGACGAGGAAGACGACGACGACGACGAUGAUGAUGAGGAUUAUGGAAGUAAAAAAACUUUUAUUGCAGCCAGGAGAAAGAAGAGCUCCUUGUCAUCGCCGAAAUCGAAAAAGGACACACAGAGGAAAAGAAUUGGAUCAGCGAUAAGGACUCGUAAGCGUAAAAGAGGUGGUGCAAACGAUGAUGAUGAGGAAGAGGAGGAGGAUAGCGCCGAUGAGGACUAUACCCCGAAAAGGAGAUCGGUAUCUACCAGAAGAAUCAGCUAUUAAAUAUAUACCUUACAGUUAGUUAGGAUGAGUAACAACAAUAAUAGAAAAACCACAACAAGUGGACACACACAUAUAACUCUGUAACUGCAAAGUAACAUUAGCAAUGACGACAUCGCAGCUAUACCCCCUGUUGUUACCAGAAGCUUUGAAAGAUGAGUGUGUGUAUGUAAAUACGUAGUUUGAAAUAAUAACAAACAUAUGCCUCCCAACGGAAAAGAUGGUUUGAAUACGCUUUCAAAAAAGGAACACUGAUUUGUUGGUGAAAAGGCGCCCUACGGAAACGGGAAAAAUAAUGCAAGUUCAACACUAUGGUAUCAUACUGUUCUCGAUAGCUCAUGACCAAACAAUAGUUCGUAGUGGACUGGUAUAUAAUGGUAGUGAACAAAAAUAUAUCUAACAAAAAAGAGAUGGUAAGAGCAGCGGCACCAUUAUUAAAUGACGGUAACCACAACAACAAUAAAACAUUAGAAAAGAGGAUUCGGUGCAUAUAUCAACUCAAGAUGCCGUUUUGCGCCCUUCUACACCGAUGAAUAAUUGUACAUAAUAGAAGCUGGGUGGCUGGGUAAACUGCUCGUUGUAAACUGCAGAGUACUUAUUGAAGGUACAUCAA